AUGAACCUAUUUGUAUUUGGAAUCGCAACGAGCGGCCGUGCAAUUUUAUUUAGUUUCGGUCUAGCACGCGCAUCGCGUGGUUGUUGCAGAGGCGCGCCCUCUAUUUGACUUUAGACUGAAACUCGUAUAUUCGAUGAAUGAAGUGCAUUUACUAAAUUAAAAUCGGAACUUUGUGAAACAAAAUGUGUGUUGCAAAGUGUAUAAUUGUCGCUUUCGCACUUUCUAUAAGCGUCGUUAGCUCUUGGGAUAUUGCAAUCACAACGGGGGACCAAUUAGAAUUUUACACAAACAAAACGAAAGAGAAGGAUGAAGUUGGGAGAUUCAGAGAUCUCACAGCCUUGGCACACGACGCCGUCCACAACUUGUUGUUAUUCGUUGAUAAGCAGGGCGAUAACGCGUCUAUAUUUAGCUACAACCUGGCCACGAAGAAGUCACAACCUCUAGUGGGUAGGCGGUCGCAUGAGAGCAUACAAGGUCUGGCAUUUGACCCCGUUUCCGGUAAAAUCUUCUGGCCAGACACAGAAGAUAAAAUCAUCUACUGGACCUCACUGUGGUCUAGGUCGAAAACUGAUAUAUAUGGAAAAGUCCUUUUGAAUAUGACAGACGAAAUACCCAGGGAUAUCGCUGUUGAUAGUUGUAGAGGUUACAUUUACUGGACCAACAUAAACGUUACGAAACCAACGAUUGAAAGAGCGCGCCUGGAUGGCAGCGGUCGAGAGGUCAUUAUAGACAAGGACAUCUAUAUGCCAGUCAGCAUCGCUGUCGAUCAGAGAACAAAGAGUCUGUACUGGGUCGACGACAAAGAAGGCAUACAUUAUACCAUUGAGUCGUCAGACUUGGACGGCGGGAACAGGAAGAAGGUAGUCGUUGGAAUACAUCACCACCCAAACACGCUGACUGUAUCAAAGGAUUCGUUGUACUGGGUAGAUUGGGCAUACAAAACCGUGUGGAAAAUCGAUAAAGAUGCACCUCCGUAUACAGAACCAGAGGAGUUCCUGACAUUCUCCAACGGGAAUAUUAAGCCAUUCGGCAUAGUAGCAAACUAUAACAUUGAUGAUCAAAUUCAGGGCAUCCCGGAAUGUAAGACCGUUUGGGAAAUGAAGAAGACUAAAAUAAAUGAGACUUUAGACAUUCCGACCGAUCCCACCUUCGAUGUUGGCCUCUUCUGCUUACAUGGUGAAGGAUCUGGGAAUGAAUGCAAUUGUAUACAUGGAUAUACAGGCGAUCGUUGCGAGAUAUCUGUGUGUCAAAACUUUUGUUUGAAUGGUGAAUGUAAAGUAGGAUCCGAAGGGCAGCCUACCUGCAGAUGCAAGAACGGAUAUGCUGGGCUCCGAUGCGAAGUGAAUGUAUGCAACGGUUUUUGUCUGAACAGCGGUGAAUGCUCGAUCAAUUCUGAUAAACCAACUUGCAAGUGUCCUGAUAAUUUUGAAGGGGGGAGAUGCGAAAGGAAAAAACUCGAAGUAGCCACUACGAUAGCACCUGUUAAAGAUAUAUGCAAUUGCACAAACAACGUGAACAACUCGCCAGGACACCCAGAUGUUACAAACAGCCAAACAAGUGACAGCCCGCUGAUGACGACUACUGAAGCGUUGUCAGUCGGUGAUGAUUUUGUAGAAUCAUGCCCAGGAUGGGAUGGAGUGCGCGAUCCUAUAUUGAUGGCGUUGGGGGUACUAUGUGGACUUCUGAGUUUGCUCUGUGCUAUUCUCAUUACGAAAGUACUGCAACUGAAGCGACGGCCAAGGAUAAAGAAACGUAUAAUCGUGAACAAGAAUGUUACACCACUGACGGCUCGACCGGAUCAAUGUGAAAUAACUAUAGAGAAUUGUUGUAAUAUGAAUAUAUGCGAAACGCCCUGUUUCGAGCCAAAAUCGACGAUAAGGCCGAACCUGCUAAACACAAAACAAGGAAAGGAAGAGAAGCGGAAUCUAAUUGCCAACAUGGAAAAUCCCGAUGAUAUGUACUAAUGUACAGUUUGGUAAUGAUCCAGUUUACCUAUCAAUGUGAUAUUUAGGAAUUUUAAUGCAGAACAAAAUUUAUUACUAUAUACGGCCAAUCUCGAUUACAAAAAUCUAUUAAAAAUCAUAAAAUAAAUCGUUCAGCAAAAUAAAAUAUUAAUUUUAUAUGGUUUUAACGAUUGCUUUUUUGCUCUGUUUGUUAAAUGUGUUUCUAUUUUAAUCGCAACUACAAGUUAAACAUAAUGAAGAUUUAAUAAAACGUUUCAUAUUUAAAGUUAUCAAUUCAAUGCACAUUUAGAAUAUACCCAACAAAUGCGUUGGUCAAAUUUGGCCAAUUUUCGGGACUGAAAACAGAUAUUUCUCGGGCACCAUUAUUCCACUGGCCAAGAUAGCUAAAAAUAUAAAAACAUAUUCGAGGUUGGCCAUAUAACACGAGUACAGAAAGUCUGUUAGAUUAAGUAGAUUUUUUUCCACGCCGUGCCUUUUCGUCUAAUUUAUUGGGGUUAAAAAUGUACUUAGUUUUUAAUACCAGCAUAUGAUACUUAAUUUUUGUUAAUGGACUGAGGUAACGUGCCAAAUGGCAGAUACCGUUUCAUAGUAAGGCCAAAGAGUUUGUGAAAUUUCGCAUUAUUUUACAGUUUUUAUGAAAUUGACAUUCGAUUUUUGUGUUCAUAAUGUUAUUUUUAAUGUAUUUUUUUAUUAAAAUAUAAAAUGCGGUCUUUAAAGUUGUAUGCAAUAAGUGAGCGUGCGAGAUGGGCCCUACUAUUGUAGUGCAGCUUUUUAUAUAUAUAUACGUAUUAUAUAAAAUCAAAACAAUUGUUUUCUAAAUAUAUAAUCGCCGCAAGCUUACCACGUAACUUUUAUCUAGUCUGCGCACCGCGUAAUGCCAACCCGUGCUAUGAGUGAAACAUCGAAAUUAAUUUUAUUUAACUAUUAAGUUGUAAAUCGCUAUUGAAGUUAUGUGGUACGCUUGCUGACGCGCCAUUUUAAAACAGAUUAUGUACUCAAUAAGACUUUGGCACUUUUUGGAAGUAAUUCCGCAUUCCAAAAAAUAUAUUACAUAUCUGUCAUAUUUUGCUUUGCAAAUUAAUUUAGAGCCAUAUGUAAAAAAGGGCCACCGCACAUAACACCAUUUGUCGAAUUGUGUUUUGUGUACGGAGGCCAUAUUAGUAUAGUAGUGGUCCUAAUUCACCUCCCUCAGUGAUCGUUGGUUGUUUAUUUGUGCCUCAUUAAAGAGCAUUAGUUUAAUUAUAUACGUUCCUAUUGUUUUAAUUAUUGUGUGUAGUCAAAGUUGACUGUUGUGUAUAUAGACGAUACAAGAAUUUAUAACAUCUGCUUGCAAUUGUACUGACACAACAAAUUUGAUUAUUUUUAUAACAGUUAACUGUCAAAAUUCAAUGACAUCUUACUUCGGAGACAACAUUUAAAUUAAGAAUAUUUCAUUCCAGCAAGGAUAUGAAAUUAGUGUGAAGUUUGUCUAUAGAUUGACUCUGAGCUAUAUUCACAGCAGUCAUAACUUUGUCUAUAGCUUUGAAUUGUGGGAAAAUUCCACGAUUCAAAUUUAACUGCCUACUAGAACUAUUUUAACAGUCACGAGUUUCAACUGUUAUUGUAGAAUCUCACCUAAUUUAUUUGGCGUUUCAAUUCAAAAUUAUAUCCAAAGACACUGUUAAUCUAGAGGCACUAUUUAUUAGCAUAUUAGGUACUUAGUAAAUGGCGAAAACACAAAUAUAUUUAAGAGCUAACACCUGGUAAAUGUGUUUGUGUAUUCGAUAGGUUUAGUUCGUGGAUUGAUAAUAUCCACAUCAGAAAUGUGAUAUUAUUGAGUCUUUGUAUAAGUCUCUAUUAGGUAAUAUUUUAAUAAAAUAAACAGCUUUGCAAUA